GUGUCAUUUUGAUCUCCUGAAGAAGAGUGAUAAAGUUCUGAGAGAGCUGAAGAACUUGGAUGCUCAGAAAUGUCGAGAGACACACAAGAUUGCUGUGAUAUACAUCGCUGCUGGCCAGGAGGACAAGAAUUCUAUAUUGAGCAACAACUCUGCCAGUCGGGCUUUUGAGGACUUUGUUGCUGGCCUUGGUUGGGAGGUGGAUCUGGAAACCCAUCAAGGAUUCAUGGGUGGACUUCAGCAGAACCGAACCACAGGCAACACUGCUCCCUACUGGGCCAGCUCUACCUGUGAGGUGAUCUUUCAUGUCUCGACACGGAUACCAAGCGUAGGCAGUGACUGGCACAUCAAGAUGCGACAUCUGGGCAAUGAUGAAGUGCACAUUGUCUGGUCCCUGAAACACAGGCAGAGAUUACAGAAGGGGAAAAUUUCCCACCCACAAAUUUGGAGACAUCAUCAUUGUUAUCUACCCUUUGUCUGCUGGUCUCUACAGGAUUCAGAUUGA